AUGCUAAAGAGGAGUUGUGCAGUGCCGAAGAAAGGCCUUCUUAGCGAGGACCACCCUGAGAUAUAUCGCAGGCUUAAAGCUGUUUUGAACAGCGAAGGCGAGAUCGUAGAGCAGGAGAUCCAACACGAAUUCCGCCACUCCCCUUCCCAUCCUCCUCCUGCGCAAACACCCUCCUCCCUGUCACUCAAAAACACCGUCGAUACCCGGUCAAAAUCGUCCUCCCACAACCGUACUCUUCCUGCUCGGAAGAUGGGCUGCUACACGAUCGAGUGCCGCGUGUUGGGUACCCUACAGCCGUCGGCAAGAGAAGAACUAUCGAGGACGGCAUCAAGAGGGUGUACCCACUCACGGUCGACCUACCAGCAGACUCUAAGCCUCCUCUACCGCUCACGAACCGACCGGGGAACAGUAUUAUCGUUCGAUGUUAUUGAGCUAUGGGACAUCAGGAAAAUCCUUGCCGAACUCACCGCUGCCGAUAUCCAAUUUGGCCGCGUCUCAUUCGUGCAUGUGCUGACGGUACCAUACAACUCGGUUCCUUAUCGAUCAAGGGUAGAAGACCUCGACUCGACACGAUUGAAGUUGGGGCCAACGGGCUCGAAUUAUCGACAGCCUGCGAUCAGCUGGGAAUGUAUGAUGUCCAGCAUGGCAAGCUGUGCGCCGUUGAGCUGGUUUCUGGUAGAUUCAGUUGGAUAUGGCAUUGACGGUGGUUAUUCCAAGUGGUGUUUAUAAAUAAACCUACCUAUAUCUGUCGUCCUUGACAAAAUUCAUG